ACCGUUCUGACUCGCACGCAAACAGCGGCGAUGGAUCAGAAGCCAGGUGAGACUGAUGCGGACUACGAAGCACGGCUGGCGGCCAUCGUAGCCGAAGGCAAGAAGCGGGCAGACGCAGCAGCAGCAGCACGGAAGAAGAAAGAAGCAGAGGCAGACAGGCUACGUCUUCUGGCUGAAGAGCAGCAACAAAAGCACGCAGCAGCAGCAGCCAAGGCCCCCGAUGAAGAACGUGCACGGCGACGCGAGCUCAUAUUCAGGGAGGAAAGUGCACUUCACGCACAGGCUAAGGAUUGGCAAAAAGAGGCCGAGAACGGCGACCCCGUUGACGUCGGGAGCAGAGUGUCUCAACUACUCAACCGCGUCACGGACCUCCUUGCUACUUGUAUUGCGCAGCAGGAGGAUAUCCAUUCGCUCGACCACACCAACCAGGUGCAACAACAGUCCAUGGACAAGAUGCUCCAGCGCAUCCAGCAGCUGGAGCAGCAGCUUGCUACCGCCAACUCCGGCGCCGGUCCUUCUGACCUCGUCGACCGCGUCAACGUUUUGGAGAUUGACAUGGGAGUACUCAAGACCGGGGCGCAACAUGUCUGCACCGCCGCCGGCUCCAGCUCGACGCCAUGGGAAUCCAUUGUCAAAUUUGACGGGCUUCCGAUCUUCUGUGACUCGUCGAAGACGGACCCCAUACCGUGGUGGCGUCAGUUCGAACUCAAGCUGGACCUUCACCACGUGAUCGACACAAACAGGCAUGCAUAUUUGUACUCCCGUUCGGGAGGAGCGUGCCAAGCAUGGCUGGAUAACAUGCUGUCCGCACAUGCCUGUACAGUCACCGAACUGCACAAGUACAUCAGCUGGGCAGAUCUCACGGCGGCGUGGAAGAAGCGUUUCCAAGUCGAACCGCCGGAGCACCUUGCGAUGGACAAGUUGCUGACGUUUUCGCAGAACAAUCUGCCAAGCGGUGAUUGGAUUUCUGAGUUCCAACGCCUGGCUAGCACGCCCAAGUUGCCGAUGAACUUCGACGGCAUCAAGCUGUACUUCAUCAAGCGGUCGUGCCCGACAUUGCAGAACGCGUUGACUCACGUCGCGGACACCCUCACCACAAGUGAGGAGCUCUUCAACAAGGCUGCGCAGAUCAUUGUCACGAAUCUGGCCGCCCGGAACACGGGCCCUUCGUCAUCUGCCGGCCAGGGCACGCAUCAGCAUUGGCCCAAGGUGGCCGUGGUCGCAGCAGCAACGCCUAGCGACCCUUCAACUUCUUCGAACGAGGCUGCUUCAUCUGAUCAGGGAGACAGACUAGCAGCUGCCCAGAAUGCCCAAGGACAAGAUGUAUGUGCGGUCUCUUCUCCGAUCGGUAGCAGCUGCAUUGAUUCGUCUUCAAGUGGACCUUCACGGGAUUCGGCACACGCGUUCAACAUUGAGGACUUGGACCCGUUGACGCCCGAGGAUUUUGCAUGGCUUCCUCUCCCUUCCACCGGCUGCUUACCGGAGCCGCAAUGCGCCGCUCUUCGCGCUCAUCUACAUACAUAUUUGGCCUUCUAUGCACCACCAACUUCGCCUACGGAGGACGAGGUCGCGGUGGGGGACAUUCUUUCUUAUGUGAGCAAGGUGACCCGCGAGUUUCGCACGCAGCGGUAUGACGACAACAACGCACCGCUCCUUUACGUCCGCAUCCAAAUCGGGCAAGCGUCCUGCAGCGCUUUGCUGGAUAGCGGCGCGACUCGCAACUUCAUUAGCCAGUCCUUCAUGCAAAGGGUCGGCCUUGGACCACAAGUUCGAAGGAAGGCACACCCUACGUCGAUCAAGUUGGCGGACGGAAGGACGCAACAACUCCUUGAUCGCUACAUCGAAGCCGUCCCGGUCUAUUUCGCACCUCAUGCAUGCGAACCGGUGACGUUCGACGUCUUGGAUACGGACUUCGACAUCAUUUUGGGCAUGCCUUGGCUCGCUAGUGCGGAUCACACGGUCAACUUCCAUCGGCGGACUCUUACGGUUCGCGACGCGUUCGGCACCGAGGUACCGUGUACCAUUCUUCCUCCGCACCCUUCGAUCCGGUGCCAAGUUGUAACCGCCAAAUCUUUUCGGGCCAUUUGCGCUUACGAGCGGACUGACGAGAUUGGCUUAUGUUUUCUUCGAGCCGUCGCGGCAGCCGAUCAAGCCACGGACUUGUCUUCCGACUCCCGGGUGGUGCGGUUGCUCGACGAAUUCGCCGACGUCUUCGAGUCACCUACCGGCGUGAUGCCGGAUCGGCCGAUCUCACACGAGAUCAUUCUUGAGGCCGGUGCCGUGCCGCCAAAAGGUAGCAUCUAUCGCAUGAGCGAGGAGGAACUUACAGUACUCCGCGCGCAGCUCGACGACUUAUUGGACAAAGGUUGGAUCCGGCCUAGUAGUUCACCCUACGGUGCGCCUGUUCUCUUCGUUCGGAAGAAGAACAAGGACCUUCGCUUAUGCAUCGAUUACCGCAAGCUCAAUGCGCAAACCGUCAAGAACGCGGGACCUCUUCCUCGUAUCGACGACCUCUUGGAGCGCUUGGGCGGCGCGAAGUUCUUCUCCAAACUGGACUUGAAGUCGGGAUACCAUCAAAUCUCGAUUCGGCCGCAAGAUCGCUACAAGACCGUGUUCAAGACACGGUAUGGGCACUUUGAGUGGGUCGUGAUGCCUUUCGGACUCACCAACGCCCCGGCGACUUUUCAAGCGGCGAUGACCAACGAGUUCCGCGCAAUGUUGGACCGGUUCGUGCUGGUCUACUUGGACGACAUUCUCGUCUAUAGCCGGACCUUGGAGGAACAUCUGGAUCAUCUUCGACGAGUGUUGGAGAGAAUCCGGCGUGCCAAGUUCAAAGCCAACCGCGACAAGUGCGAGUUCGUGCAUCAAGAGUUGGAAUACUUGGGCCAUUUUGUCACUCCACAAGGCAUCAGUCCGUUGUCGGACAAGAUUCAAGCCGUCCAAGAUUGGGCCGAGCCUCGGAAUGUUACGGAUGUCCGAUCUUUCCUUGGCCUUGCCGGCUACUACCAACGAUUCAUCAAAGGGUACUCGAAGAUCGCGGCUCACUUGACCAAGCUUCAAUGCGAGGACCGACCGUUUGACUUCGGGACGGACGCGCGGGAAUCAUUCUUGGCCCUCAAGGCUGCCUUGCUUUCCACGGAGGUAUUGCGGAUUUACGACCCGCUCUUGCCAACACGCGUCACCACGGAUGCGUCUGGCUAUGGCAUUGGUGCCGUCCUCGAGCAACAUGACGGCGUGGAUUGGCACCCGGUCGAAUACUUCAGCAAGAAGGUGCCGCCCGUGCACUCCAUCGAUGAUGCACGCAAGAAGGAACUUCUUGCCUUCGUUCACGUAGUCAAGCGAUGGCGGCACUUCCUCCUCGAUCGACGCCAGUUCCGAUGGGUAACGGACAACAAUCCGUUGGUCUUCUACAAGUCUCAAGACACCGUCAACAGCACCAUCGCCCGUUGGAUGGCCUUCAUCGACCAAUUCGACUUCUUUCCCGAUCACAUUCCGGGGAAGUCGAACCGUUUCGCGGAUGCCCUUUCCCGGCGUCCGGACCACUGCACCGCGGUUACUCAACCUUCGAGAUCGAGGACGACUUGCGGGACGGCUUCAUCCGCGGCUAUCAAGCCGACCCCGAGUUUCGCGACAAGUACGCAAACUGUUCCUCUCCCAAUCCGGCGCCGUCGCACUAUCGGAUCCAAGAGGGAUACUUGCUUCUUCACUCGCGGGGGAAGGAUCUACUUUGUGUGCCGCAAGAUUCACACUUGCGCACGUGGCUUCUUGGCGAGUUCCACGACGCCCCCGCCACCAGACACUUUGGCGUCAAUCGCACGAUUGGCCGACUCCGCGAGCGCUUUUGGUGGCCCGGUCUCCUCGACGACGUCACGCGCAGCUACGAGUCAUGCGAAGUUUGCCGACGUUGCAAACCUCGCAAUCAUCGUUCGUACGGCGAGUUGCGACCAUUACCGGUCCCCUUGCGCCGAAGGGAAGCGAUUGCCAUGGACAUUACCGGGCCGUUCCCCAAGCACAAGACGGGCAUGGACGGGAUUCUCACGGUGGUUGACCGACUCACCAAGUUCGCCAUGUUUUUGCCUUGCCGCUACCAUGCCAAGGCACCGGAAUUGGCCGAGGUCAGAUCAGAUCUUAUCUUUGAGUCUUCCGCUGCGCCACAUUGUGCCAUUUGUAUGUAUCGAGGUGUACAUUGCUUGUUGAUGCUAUGAUGACAUUGCUUUGUUCACUUCAGUCUUUUUCAUCACAUUGCAGAUCCUUGGUCUACUGCGCAUUGUUCCCCU